AUGAAGUCUAUGAUUGCAGUCAUCUUCUUUGCCACUGUGGCCACAGCCAUGGCUGGAUACUUCGGAGGCUAUGGUGGAUAUGGUGGUUACGGAGGAUAUGGAGGACAUGGAGGAUACGGUGGCUACGGCGGAUACGGCGGCUAUGGUGGUUACGGCUAUCCAGUGGGCCGCGCUUUCGCCUACGGAUCUCACAUCAAGCACGGUUAUGGAGGCUAUGGAGGCUACGGGGGCUACGGUGGCCACGGCGGUUACGGAGGCUACGGUCAUGGCUUCUACGGUUAA